GUGGAUAUCAUUCGGACGCAAACAGUGCGCCGGUGAAGUAGUGAAACUUGGAUAUUUACCAUUAGUGAUACACAAAGGAUUAUAAAACAAAAACCAUGCGGUGGUUUACAAGCAGUUGUUUGAUAUUAUCAUUAGUUAUAGCUGGCACAUCAGCUGAUUGGUCUUGGGGUGGAGACAAGAGCGAGUCAGCUAGGGACCAGGCUAAUGAACAGAAGAACAGUGAGUUACUUGAAGGCGAAGAACUACCUGCUCCUGCUGCCGAUAAGAAAAGUUUCGAAUCGAAUGGAACCGUGCUUGACGAUAUUGUUGAUGAACUGGUUAGUCAGAAACAAGGCAGAAGCUUGGGUGGCUUCGAUGAUGACGUGUACAGCGAUCCCACAAUUAAGGAAGCUUUAGAUUCUGGAGAUGACGUUGAAGCUAGAAACUUAAUCAAGUCGCGACUAUGUACCUUAGGGCUUAUUCAGUGUGAAGAAGAGGAAACUCAAGAAAAACGCUACCUAUCUCCGGAUGAACUCAUUUACGCGCAGCCUGUUGACAUUAAGCCCGUUGGUAGGCCGAUAGCAUCCAUCCCCGUUCGCGGUCCUCCUAGAGCUUAUGGACCUGCCAAGCCCAUGCCAUAUCCCUCACGCCCACAGAAGAUACCGCCUCCCAAAAGAGUCGGAUACGGAGGCAACUACGGUGGAACCUACGGCGGUAACCACGGCAGCAGCCGACCCGGAUUCUCAGAAAAAUACGGCGUCUCGGGCAGCAACUUCCAAUUCGCUCAAAGCAAUUCUUUGUACGGCGGCCAGGAUACCAAUUUUGUCACAAGACCGCCUACUUACGCAAACGAAAAUCCCUACGUAUUUGAGAACUCGAAACCAGCCUAUAACAAAGUUCCGCAGCCUUCACAAACUGGUUCCAAGACAGAUUCAGUGGUACAGCAACACGUGCAUCAUCACUAUGUGCACAGCGAUGACAACAAGGACCCUAAAGUCAUCAUCAAACCCGUUGCUAUACCCGUCGGCUCAGUGGGACAUCUCGGUUCUCAAAGCCUCGCACAGCAAGCUACGGAUAUCAUAACAGCCUCAGGCGGUGACUACAGCAGCUUAUCAGCUUCAGGUGGCUUCAAACCCAUGACAGGAGUUUACAAUUUGGACAACCCUGAAACUAUUUAUGGAUCCCAAUCCCAAUUCAAUCAAAAUAGCUUUAAUAAGGGAAGUUCUGGUAUAUUUAACCAAAAUUUACCAAAACCCUAUCCCAGCAACACAUUCGAAGAUCAAAAAUACGGAAAUUCUUUGGGAAAUUACGGCGUACAGAAUUCGGAAUUUUACAAAAAAGAACUUCAUGUAGGAGGCGGUGCCAAUAACUUAUUCAACCAGGGACCUGCAACAUUUAGUCAAAACAACGGCUUUCAAGAAAGUUUCCAUGAAGCUAAAGCUCAAGGUUUCGAGUGCGUUUGCGUGAACUAUGAUCAAUGUCCCAGCCAAGAAAUUAUUGGCCGCAGAGACGACCUUUACUUACCGAUCGACCCUCGUAACAAAGGUGACAUUGCUGCCCUCACUGAAGAACAAUUGGACAAUUUAAACAAGACGGAAACUGUAGAACCAAGCACUGACAAGAAAGACAAUACAACUGAGACUAAGAAAAUUAGCAAGAGAGAGACCAAGGAAGAAAAAUCUGAUGAAGCUACCAAAGAAAUCGAACCGCGCCUCAUUGGACUGGCCGGCUACGGCGGCCAGGGCGGCAAUGGCAACAAACAAGUGCAGCCUACGUUUGGUGUCUCUUUUGGGUUGCCCCAGCCUUCCCACGGCGGCUAUCCUAUAAACCCCUAUAACGCGAACCCCUUGCACAACCCUUACGGACCCGCACUUAACGGAGGCGGCCUUAACUUAGGCCUUAUUUCCGUUAAUCCUUUAUUAGCAGUCCAGGUUACUAAGAAUGACUACGGAGAAAAAAUUGUUAAACCGUUCGUUAAUUUCCAUGUAACACCGAACGAACACGUGGUCAAUAAACUUGGGUAUUUAUUCCAUGAGAAAAAGCACUAUUUGUUGAAUAAACAUGAACAUUACCAUCACUACAAACCUUAUAACUAUGGGCAUUAUCACCAUGACCAUCCUGUAAUACAUUCACCACAUGGUCCGCCUCCACACAUCCCCCCUCCACACUUUCCUCCUCCGCACCAUCCUCCUUCGCACUAUCCUCCUCACCACGGACCUCCAGUAUACUCUCCUCAUUUCACUCAUUAUGAACCCGGAUUUAAGUCACCACCUCUUCCCAUACCUCACAAUACCGGUGCAGGUCAAGACGAUUAUUAUGAUGACGAGGAAGGCCAUGGAAAUAAUUUCGAUGGUAACCUGGAUUACAAUAACCUAUAUCAAGGUGGAUAUGAUCCCGGGUUUGAGAGGUCUGCCAAUGUUAGCGCAAAUAAUAAUCAGGGUUACGCCAAUAGAUUCACAUACUCCCGAUCCCUCACUCUUCCCUCACAUAAUCCUGGGGCAAACCGGGGAGGCCAAACUAUCCGGUUUCCUGCGAACAGAAAGAAGAGGGAAAUCGUAGAGAAACCUGAGUCUGAAACAAUAGAGGAGCGUCAAUACUUCGCCGGUGGUAGACCACAAGUUCAACAAUGCAGACAAAACCAAGUGUGCUGCCGACGACCUCUCCGUCCUCAAGCUGGAAACAAGGGCCAAUGCGGUAUCAGACACUCCCAAGGCGUCAACGGCAGAAUUAAAACACCAGCCUACGUCGACGGCGACAGUGAAUUUGGAGAGUACCCAUGGCAAGCAGCUAUCUUGAAAAAGGAUCCCAAAGAAUCCGUCUACGUCUGUGGUGGAACUCUUAUCGACGGGCUUCACAUCAUGACGGCUGCUCAUUGUAUCAAAUCACAUAAGGCGUUCGAAUUAAGAGUGCGUCUCGGCGAAUGGGAUGUCAACCACGACGUCGAAUUCUACCCCUACAUCGAGAGGGACGUCGUUUCUGUGCACGUCCACCCCCUCUACUAUGCUGGAACUCUGGACAAUGACCUCGCAAUCUUGAAGCUGGAGCACCCAGUCGAGUGGACCAAGUACCCGCACAUCAGUCCCGCCUGUCUGCCCGACAAAUAUACCGACUAUGCUGGACAACGUUGCUGGACCACCGGUUGGGGCAAGGACGCUUUCGGAGACUACGGCAAAUACCAGAAUAUUCUUAAAGAGGUCGACGUGCCGAUUCUGCCACAUGGACAGUGUCAGCAGCAGUUGAGACAGACUAGAUUGGGAUACAACUAUGAGUUGAACCCAGGGUUCUUGUGCGCUGGUGGUGAGGAGGGCAAGGACGCGUGCAAGGGUGACGGAGGUGGUCCGUUGGUCUGCGAGCGCGGAGGCACCUGGCAGCUGGUGGGCGUGGUAUCGUGGGGUAUCGGCUGCGGCCAGCCCGGCGUGCCCGGCGUCUACGUGAAGGUGGCUCACUAUCUCGACUGGAUAGCGCAGAUCACUGGAAAGUUCUCCCCCUACUAGGGAGCCUGUCAAUGCGCAGUCACAUGUCACAAAUCAGAACUGAUUGAUACUUCGUAUUUAUACUUAGGAAUUAAAUAUUUAUUUUCUACUUAAUUUACAUAAUUUAUUGCUAACUUUGGAUGGUAAUAUCCAGAGAAUAUGAGUAAUU